AUGCCCGACGGCGACUUGUCCACAAAACGCGCUGAUCUCUGCAUAAGGAAAGCUCACAUGGACAAGCUGCCCCACGAGCUGGAGGCUCUAGCUCAAACCGAGCAGACUAUCGGCAAAGCUCAUUCGACCAUCAGCAAAGCUCAUCCGACCAUUAGAAUGUUCAUCCGAACACCAGAAAGCUCAUCCGACCAUUAG